AAUGCUGCCCAGCACACCCGACAUUCAAAACAAGCAAAAGCUGAAGGAAGAGCGUGAGGCCAAGAGAGCACAGCUGGACAGCAGACAUGACUAUGUUCUCAGCAUUGUGUCCUCUUGCGUGGGUCUGGAGAAAGCUGAAGUGGAAGAUGCGAUACUGGAGGGCACACAGAUUGAGCGGAUAGAGCAGUUCUUUGCUGCCAAUGGCCUCCCUCACCUCAUUUUAUACUACCAGGACACAGAGCCUGUAGAUAUCGGUUAGUAAAGCCUGUGAAAAUAAUCAUUAGUAAAAAAAUCUAAUAAGAAAGCCAAGGUCUUUGUGACGGAAGGCACAGAUGUGGCCCUCACUGGCAUUUGUGUAUUUUUCACCCGGGCAAACACCUCCAAGCCUAUCACAUCAGAGAAUAUCCACAGGGAUGUGAACUUUAACAUGUUGGACACCAUGGGUGUUGGUCUGCUGAAGAGCGUGGAGCAGCUGCUGUCAGAGAUCUUCAUCCCCACUCUGAGGAAGAUGAACCACGGCUGGGCAGAGCUAGCAAGCCCGCAGGCUCAGGCUGUCAAGCAAGACUUUAUUAGCUCUCUGGACAGCUUUGUCUCUGUGUUAGCCGGGGCACAGGAGAGCCUGCAGGAAAAGGUAAACCUCAAAGAAUGUGAAACGUUUGACUUGAAAACAUUGAAAGGUCCUUCAGAUUACACAGCUGUGGCCAAUAGCGCAGAAGCUCUGGAGAAGAUCGAAGCCUGCAUGAAAACUUGGGUCAAACAGAUCGAACAGGUCCUUGCAGAGAGUGACCAGUUAAGGAAAGAAGCAGAUGACCUGGGCCCCCGUGCAGAGCUUGACCACUGGAAGAAACGCAUGUCCCGUUUCAACUACCUGCUGGACCAGUUGAAGAGCCCUGAGGUCAAAGCUGUGUUGGGGGUUCUUAUUAUAGCCAAGUCCAAACUGAUUAAGGUUUGGCGAGAACUAGACAUCAGAAUCACUGAUGCGGCAAAUGAGGCCAAAGACAAUGUGAAGUACCUGUACACCCUUGAGAAGUUCUGUGACCCGCUGUACAACAGCAACCCUGUGUCAAUGGUAGAAGCUAUUCCUGGGCUUAUAAAUGCAAUACGUAUGAUCCAUAGCAUCUCACGUUACUACAACACCUCAGAGAAGAUCACUUCCCUUUUUGUCAAGGUUACGAAUCAAAUGAUUACUGCCUGUAAGGCCUAUAUUACAAAUAGUGGCUCGGCAACCAUAUGGGAUCAGCCGCAGGAAGUGGUAUCCGAGAAGCUUAAAGCUGCCAUUCGCUUGAAUCAGGAAUACCAGAAAUAUUUCCAAAAAACCAAGCAGAAGCUGGAGGAGAAUCCCUCGGAGCGUCAGUUUGACUUUAGCGAGAUGUACAUCUUUGGCAAGUUUGACACGUUUCAGCGACGGCUGAACAAAAUUCUAAACAUGUUUAGCACCAUUUCCACCUACAAUGCCCUGCAGGACUCCAAAAUUGAGGGACUGGAAACCAUGGCAACCAGAUUUCAGGCCAUUGUGUUGACCAUGAAGAAACAACAGUACAGUUUCCUGGACCAAAGAAGGACAGACUUUGAUCAGGACUAUGAUGAAUUUUGUAAACAAACUAGUGAACUUCAUAACCAACUGAAAACUUUCAUGGACAACACAUUUGACAGAAUUCAAAAUACUGAGCGGGCUUUAUAUGUGCUCAAGAAAUUUGAAAGGCUUGGCAUCUCAGACUUGGGCAUCAGUGAGAAGUACCAGAAAAUUCUGCAAAACUUCGGAAGGGACAUUGAGAUGGUCUAUCGAAUUUACACCAAGCAGAAGACGGACCCCCCCAUUGCUCCAGACCUCCCUCCGAUCGCAGGGAGUAUCUUGUGGGCUCGGCAGCUGUACAGCUGCAUCCAGGAGCCCAUGGAUCUCUUCCAGGAGAUGCCUGGGCUACUCAGCACUCCAGAUGCCAAACCCAUCAUUCGAAAUUACAACCGGGUAGCCAAGGUGCUGCUGGAGUUUGAGGUGCUUUAUCAUCAGAACUGGAUGGCACAGACUGAAGCAGUCAAAGUGGGCCUGCAAGCCUCUUUGCUCGUCAAGAGUCCAGAAACUGGGGAGCUGUACGUGAACUUUGACCCCCAGAUCCUGACCCAGAUUCGAGAAACAGACAGUAUGCUAGGAAUGGGAUUGGAGAUUCCACCCUUUGCAGCCAUCUUGCAGCAGAAAAAGGAUGUUCUCAAAAAGAGCUACAAUAAACUUCAGUUGAUGGUGAGAGAGAACUCCAGAGUGAGGUCUAAGAUCCAGCCAGCCUUUGAACAACUGCUCAUGCCACAUGUGGCUAAAGUAGAUGAGGCCAUUCUGCCCGGUCUGACCUCCCUCAAUUGGACCUCUCUAAACACUGAGAAAUACCUUAAUCGAAUCACUACUGCACUUGAGGACCUUGAACUUCUGCUGCAAAGAGUGAAUGAUCUGGUGGAGUUUAGAAUCGACGCGGUUCUGCAGGAAAUGAGCUUGACUACGUUGUGUGUGUUGCCUGAAGAUGAGCCAUGCACCUGCGAGGAGUUUGUACAGACCACCAAGGAGCUUUGCAUCAAAGGAGCCCAAAUGCUGCAUACCAAAAGCUCAUUGGUGGAGGAGGCAGCCAAUGAGCUGAUUAAUAUGUUACUGGAAUUUGAGCAGAAGGAGGAAGGAGAGAGAAACCGGGAUGAGAGCAGAACAGAGAGCAAAGUGGAACAGAUGGACAAGGAGGAAUUUAAAUCAGAGGGCCGUCUCUUGUCACGUAGCACCAUGGCCCCUAGUGUUGGCCCCUCUUCUCCGCUGAUGAGAAAGAAGAAAAAGAAGGAUUUGAUGAAGGUGAUGGAGGAGGAGGCAAAGGAGCUGCUGUCUCAUUUCAACCACCGGAACGUGGAUGCAUUACUGCGCCUUACCCGUAACACACUGGAGACUCUACGCAAACGCAUCCAUGCGUCAUCACUGAUGCAUUUCCUGGAUGCAGACUCCUCAAUUCGGCAGAGGGGAAGUGGGCAGCAGCCCAUCUUUAGGGUGGGAGUGUGUUUAGCCAUCCCCAACAUCAUCACAGUUCCAGGGCUAGAUGAGGUUCAGCAAGCCUUGAACAGAGCUGUGGACUGUCUGGUCAGCGUCAGUAAAGGAGUUGGACAGUGGAGCAAGGAGAGAAUUUCCAAGAGGAAAAUGAGUGAGCGACGCAUGGCCGCUCUGAAACAGAACAGCCAAGAGAGUGAAUCAGAAGAUGGUGAAUCGACCUAUCGCAGUACCUCAGAUAUAUCAGCAUCUGCAAACCAGGUCAUUCCCAUCCAAAUUAAGAACUACCACAAAAGCAUAUCUGAGAACAAAGAGAUUGUGAAGCUGGUCUCUGUGCUUAGUACGUCCAUCAACUCCACCAGGAAGGAAAAAGUGAACGCUCUGGAUCGCUUCAGCCUCUAUCACCACAUCUGGAAGAAAGAUCGAGAGGAAACCAUCCAGAAAUUCAUCCAGGGGAACCCUCUUCUUUCUGAAUUUGAGUCUCAGAUUCUAUACUACAGGGAUCUUGAGCUAGAAAUUAAUGCAAAGCCUGAAUUUAUCUCAGUAGGAGCUCUGGCACUAUAUACAGCGGAUCUAAAAUUGGCUCUUACUGCUGAGACAAAGAGUUGGAUGGUGGAUUUUGGUCACCACUGCAACAGGAAGUAUCGCAUGGAGAUGGAACAGAUCUUCACUUUUAUAGAUGAGGCGAGCAAGAAACUCAACAGGCAAAUUAAAGACUUGGAUGAUAUUCGUAUCGCCAUGGCAAUGCUCAAAGAGAUCAGAGAACACCAAAUCUCCAUAGACUUUCAAGUUGGUCCAAUUGAGGAAUCGUACAGCAUGCUACAUAAAUAUGGAUUGUUGAUUGCCAAAGAGGAAGCAGACAAAGUGGACACACUUCGGUACACCUGGGAGAAACUGCUUUCCCGUAGCACAGAGGUGCAGAAUGAGCUGGUGACCCUUCAACCAAACUUCAGGGGAGAACUCAUCAGAAACGUUGAGAUCUUUGUGGAAGACUGCCAACUCUUCUACCAUGACUAUGACGGGGAUGGCCCCAUGGUGGUUGGAUUGGCUCCUCAGGAUGCCAGUGACAGGCUUAUAAUGUUUCAGAAUCGCUUUGACAACCUGUUCCGCAAGUAUAUAACAUACACAGGUGGGGAGGAGCUUUUUGGCCUACCUGUUACCCAGCAUCCUCAGUUGCUUGAGAUCAGGAAACAGUUGACACUUCUCCAAAAGCUCUAUGGACUCUACAACAGUGUCAUUGACACAGUCAAUGGCUACUAUGACAUCUCAUGGGCCGACAUCAAUAUUGACAGAAUCAACAAUGAACUACUUGAGUUUCAGUCGAGGUGCCGUAAGCUGCCACGGGCCCUUAAAGAGUGGCAGGCAUUUCUGGACCUCAAAAAAACUAUUGACGAUUUUAGCGAGUGCUGCCCUCUGCUGGAUCUAAUGACUAACAAAGCCAUGAUGACCCGUCACUGGAAGAGGAUUACUGAGGUUACAGGUCACACCUUUGAAGUCGAAACUGAUAACUUCAAGCUUCGCAACAUCAUGGAAGCCCCACUGCUGAAGUACAAAGAAGAAAUUGAGGACAUCUGUAUUAGUGCUGUGAAGGAGCGUGACAUCGAGCAGAAACUCAAGCAAGUAAUUGCGGAAUGGGACAACAAGACCUUUACCUUUGCUCACUUUAAAACCAGAGGUGAGCUCCUUCUGAGAGGAGACAGCACAUCUGAGAUCAUUACUAACAUGGAGGACAGUCUGAUGGUGCUUGGCUCACUUAUGAGCAACAGAUACAAUACACCGUUCAAAGCUCAGAUCCAGAAGUGGGUUCAGAACCUCUCCAACACAACAGACAUCAUUGAGAACUGGAUGACUGUGCAAAACCUCUGGAUUUACCUUGAGGCUGUUUUUGUUGCUGGAGACAUAGCCAAACAGCUGCCGAAGGAGGCAAAGCGGUUCUCCAACAUUGAUAAAUCCUGGGUGAAAAUCAUGACUCGAGCUCAUGAAAUGCCCAAUGUAGUCCAGUCGUGUGUUGGAGAUGAGACUAUGGGUCAGCUGCUGCCUCACCUGCUGGAACAGCUAGAGAUGUGUCAAAAAUCCCUCACAGGGUAUCUGGAGAAGAAGCGAUUGCUAUUUCCACGUUUCUUCUUUGUGUCAGAUCCUGCCCUGCUGGAGAUUUUGGGCCAAGCAUCUGACUCACACACCAUCCAGGCUCACCUGCUCAACAUCUUUGACAACAUCAAAUGUGUCCGCUUCCAUGAAAAGAUGCAUGAUAAGAUUCUGGCAAUAUCAUCCCGAGAAGGUGAGACAGUUGAGCUGGACAGGCCCGUUAUAGCGGAGGGCAAUGUGGAGGUCUGGCUUAAUGCACUACUGAAAGAAUCCCAGAGGUCUUUACACCUUGUCAUCCGUCAGGCUGCACUUGCCAUUCAAGACUCUGGCUUUGAGUUGAUCAAAUUUUUGGACUCCUUUCCUGCACAGGUUGGUUUACUGGGAAUCCAGAUGAUCUGGACGAAGGAUUCUGAGGAUGCUUUGAGCAAUGCCAGAUAUGACCGUAAGAUCAUGGCUAAAACCAACCAUUUUUUUCUUGAGCUCCUCAACAAUUUGAUUGACAUGACCACAAAGGACCUUGGAGCUGUUGAACGGACAAAAUAUGAAACACUAAUCACCAUUCACGUGCACCAGAGGGACAUCUUUGAUGAUUUGUGUCGUUUGCACAUCAAAAGUCCCACAGACUUUGAAUGGUUGAAGCAAUGCCGCUUUUACUUUAAUGAAGACUCGGAUAAGAUGAUGAUCAACAUCACUGACGUGGGUUUCGAGUACCAGAAUGAGUUUCUAGGCUGCACCGACAGGCUGGUCAUCACUCCUCUCACUGACAGAUGCUACAUUACUUUAGCUCAAGCUCUGGGAAUGAGCAUGGGUGGAGCCCCAGCUGGGCCAGCAGGGACAGGAAAGACAGAAACUACUAAGGACAUGGGCCGCUGUCUGGGCAAAUAUGUGGUGGUAUUCAACUGCUCCGACCAGAUGGACUUCAGAGGCUUGGGCAGAAUAUUCAAAGGUCUUGCUCAGUCUGGCUCCUGGGGUUGUUUUGAUGAGUUUAACCGUAUCGACCUGCCAGUGCUUUCAGUAGCAGCUCAGCAAAUCGCCAUUGUACUCACCUGCAAGAAAGAACGGCGGAAGAACUUCAUCUUUACAGAUGGAGAUAACGUGGAGAUGAACCCAGAAUUUGGCAUAUUCCUCACCAUGAAUCCUGGAUAUGCAGGGCGGCAAGAACUUCCAGAGAAUCUGAAAAUUAACUUCCGCUCAGUGGCGAUGAUGGUUCCUGACAGACAGAUAAUUAUCAGAGUGAAACUGGCAAGCUGUGGCUUCAUUGACAAUAUUGAACUAGCCAGGAAAUUCUUCACUCUAUACAAGCUGUGCGAGGAGCAGCUCUCUAAACAGGUCCACUAUGACUUCGGUCUCCGAAAUAUCCUGUCCGUCCUGCGCACACUUGGAGCAGCAAAACGGGCCAAUCCUAAUGACACAGAGUCUACUAUUGUCAUGAGAGUUUUGCGAGAUAUGAACCUGUCCAAACUGAUUGAUGAGGAUGAGCCAUUGUUUCUGAGUUUGAUUGAGGAUCUUUUCCCUGGAAUUCAGUUGGAUAAAGCUGGAUACCCUGAUCUGGAGUCAGCCAUAGACAAACAGGUAACUGAGGCUGGUCUAAUCAAUCACCCACCAUGGAGGUUAAAGGUCAUUCAGCUAUAUGAGACUCAAAGAGUUCGUCAUGGGAUGAUGGCACUAGGACCCAGCGGAGCAGGAAAAACAACCUGCAUUCAUACCCUGAUGAAGGCCAUGACCGAUUGUGGCCAGCCUCACAGAGAGAUGCGCAUGAACCCUAAAGCUAUAACUGCACCUCAAAUGUUUGGUCGACUUGAUGUGGCAACCAAUGACUGGACUGAUGGAAUCUUUUCCACUCUUUGGAGGAAAACACUCAGAGCAAAGAAAGGGGAACACAUAUGGAUUGUCCUUGAUGGGCCAGUUGAUGCUAUAUGGAUUGAAAACCUAAACUCAGUCCUGGAUGAUAACCGCACACUGACAUUGGCCAAUGGUGACCGCAUCCCCAUGGCUCCCAAUUGCAAGAUUGUGUUUGAGCCACACAACAUCGAUAACGCUUCCCCAGCCACAGUGUCCCGUAAUGGAAUGGUGUUUAUGAGCUCUUCUGUCCUUAACUGGAGCCCUAUUUUGGAGGGCUGGCUGAAGAACCGUUCCCCUCAGGAAGGAGUGGUCCUGAGGGAGCUCUUCUCCUCCUCCUUUCCUGAGCUGUAUCGGUUCAGCGUUCAGUCUUUGCAGUAUAAAAUGGACAUGCUGGAGGCCUUCAUCAUCAUGCAGUGCAUAAACAUGCUGCAAGGACUCAUUCAGCCCAAGGAGCAGGGAGGGGAGCUGUCUCGUGAGCACACGGAGCGUCUGUAUGUCUUCGCUCUGAUGUGGAGUGUGGGAGCUCUAUUGGAACUGGAUGAUCGAAUGAAGUUGGAGAGAUGGCUCCGUCACCAUGACAGCAUUCACCUUGACGUUCCCAACAUCCCUCCCCACAGCGAGGACACUAUGUUCGACUUUUACGUCACUAAUGAUGGCCACUGGGUUCACUGGAAUACCAGAGUGGAAGAAUAUAUUUACCCACCCGACUCCACACCAGAGUAUGGCUCCAUACUGGUGCCCAAUGUAGACAAUGUUCGCACUGACUUUCUCAUCCAGACCAUUGCAAAGCAGGGCAAGGCUGUGCUUUUGAUAGGAGAGCAGGGCACUGCCAAAACUGUCAUCAUCAAAGGCUGCAUGUCCAAAUACGACCCAGAGUCCCACACUGCCAAGAGUCUCAAUUUCUCUUCUGCCACCACACCUCUUAUGUUUCAGCGUUCUGUGGAGAGUUAUGUAGAUAAACGAAUGGGAACCACGUAUGGCCCUCCGGCAGGAAAAAAAAUGUCCAUCUUUAUUGACGACAUCAAUAUGCCUGUGAUCAAUGAGUGGGGUGACCAGGUCACCAAUGAGAUAGUUCGGCAGCUGAUGGAGCAAAAUGGCUUCUUUAACCUGGAGAAACCAGGAGAGUUCACCAACAUUCUGGAUAUCCAAUUCUUGGCAGCUAUGAUCCAUCCUGGAGGGGGACGAAAUGACAUUCCCCAGAGACUGAAGAGACAGUUUUCUAUUUUCAACUGUACUCUUCCUUCCAAUGCCUCCAUAGACAAGAUUUUUGGUGUGAUAGGCACUGGUCAUUACUGUUCCCGUCGGGGAUUUUCAGAAGAAGUACGCAAUACAGUGGUCAGGCUGGUUCCACUGACUCGAAAACUAUGGCAAAUGACAAAGGUUAAAAUGCUGCCCACUCCCGCCAACUUCCACUACAUUUUUAACCUGCGUGACCUCUCCCGCAUCUGGCAGGGAAUGCUCAGCGUGACUGCAGAGGUUAAUAGCUCGUCUGAUGUAUUACUACGGCUGUGGAAGCAUGAAUGCAAACGUGUUAUUGCUGACCGGUUUACUGCCCCAGAGGAUGUGGCCUGGUUUGACUACACACUGGCCAAGCUGGUUGAAGAAGAGCUUGGGGAAGAAGAACGAAUGGUGGUGGAUCUUGGGGUGGAUUCCUACUUUGUGGACUUUCUCAGAGAUGCACCUGAGGCCACAGGUGAAGAGCCAGAGGAAACUGAUUUCGACAUCCCAAAAGAAUAUGAGCCCUUCAAAUCCUUUGAUAGUCUAAUGGAGAGGCUGAACAUGUUUUUGAGUCAUUAUAACGAGAGUAUCAGAGGAGCAGGCAUGGAUAUGGUCUUCUUCAGGGAUGCCAUGAUUCAUCUGGUUAAGAUUUCUCGGAUUAUCAGGACCCCUCGGGGAAAUGGCCUUCUGGUCGGUGUAGGGGGAUCUGGAAAACAGAGUCUGACAAGACUAGCAUCUUUCAUCGCUGGCUACAAGACUUUCCAGAUUACACUCACCCGUUCCUACAACACCCUCAACCUGAUGGAGGACCUGAAGGGAUUGUACAGGACUGCUGGACAACAGGGCAAAGGCAUCAGCUUUAUUUUCACUGACAACGAGAUCAAGGAUGAAUCCUUCCUGGAGUACAUGAACAACGUCCUUUCAUCAGGAGAGGUGUCCAAUCUGUUUGCUCGAGAUGAGAUCGACGAGAUUAUCAGUGACCUCAUUCCAGUCAUGAAGCGAGAGUUUCCACGGCGUCCACCCACAAAUGAAAACCUACAUGAGUAUUUUAUGAGCAGAGUGAGGCAGAACCUUCACGUGGUUCUGUGCUUCUCUCCAGUCGGAGAGAGGUUCCGUAAUCGAGCUUUGAAAUUUCCUGCUCUCAUUUCAGGAUGCACCAUGGACUGGUUUAGUCGCUGGCCCAAAGAUGCUCUGAUCGCAGUGUCAGAACACUUCCUGUCCACGUAUGACAUAGACUGCACUCCCGAGGUAAAGGGGGAAGUGGUUCAGUGCAUGGGCUCUUUUCAGGAUGGGGUGGCAGAAAAGUGUGCAGAUUAUUUUCAGCGGUACCGCCGUUCCACACACGUCACACCCAAAUCCUACCUGUCAUUCAUCCAUGACUACAAGACCAUCUACAAAGAAAAGCACUUAGAGGUUCAGACUCUAGCUGACAGGAUGAACACCGGCCUCCAGAAACUCAAGGAGGCCUCUGAGUCUGUUGCUGCCCUCAGCAAAGAACUGGAGGUGAAGGAGAAAGAACUUCAAAUAGCCAAUGAGAAGGCUGAUAUGGUGUUGAAGGAGGUGACUGUGAAGGCUCAGGCUGCUGAAAAGGUCAAAGUCGAAGUUCAGAAGGUCAAAGAUAAAGCGCAGGCCAUAGUGGACAGCAUCUCUGCAGACAAGGCCAUUGCUGAAGAGAAGUUGGAGGCAGCAAGGCCUGCUCUGGAAGAGGCUGAGGCAGCACUGCAGACCAUAAAGCCAUCAGAUAUUGCCACGGUGCGAACACUGGGCAGACCGCCCCACCUCAUCAUGCGAAUUAUGGACUGUGUGUUAUUGCUCUUCCAGAGGAGAGUGAACACAGUGAAAAUUGAUCCUGAGAAAAACUGCUCCAUGCCCUCCUGGCAAGAAUCACUCAAACUUAUGACUGCUGGCAACUUCCUGGGCAGUCUACAGCAAUUCCCCAAAGACACCAUCAAUGAGGAGGUGGUGGAACUCCUUUCUCCAUACUUUGACAUGUCAGACUAUAAUAUAGAAACAGCCAAGAGAGUGUGCGGCAAUGUUGCAGGGCUUUGCUCCUGGACCAAAGCCAUGGCUGCCUUCUUCUCUAUCAAUAAAGAAGUGCUUCCUUUGAAGGCUAAUCUGGCAGUUCAGGAGAACAGGCUGGACAUAGCUAAUGUGGACCUCCAGAAAGCCCAGGCAGAACUAGAUGCUAAGCAAGCAGAGCUGGAUGUAGUUCAGGCCGAGUAUGAGAAGGCCAUGAUGGAAAAACAGACUUUACUGGAGGAUGCGGAAAGGUGUCGGCACAAGAUGCAAACCGCCUCUAGUCUUAUCAGUGGGCUGGCAGGAGAGAAAGAGCGUUGGACACAGCUUAGUAAAGAUUUCGCUGCUCAGACCAAGCGACUAGUUGGUGAUGUGCUGCUGGCUACAGCCUUCCUUUCCUACUCGGGGCCUUUUAACCAAGAGUUCCGCAACCUUCUUAUCACUGAUUGGCAGAGAGAAAUGAAGUCCCGUCGGAUUCCUUUUAGGACCAAUCUGAAUCUCACUGAGAUGUUGAUUGACGCUCCCACAGUAAGUGAAUGGAACCUACAGGGGCUGCCCAAUGACGACCUGUCCAUCCAGAAUGGGAUUAUUGUUACAAAGGCUGCCAGGUUUCCCCUGCUGAUUGACCCCCAGACCCAGGGAAAGAUCUGGAUCAAGAACAAAGAGUCCAAGAAUGAGCUUCAGAUCACCUCACUGAAUCACAAGUACUUCAGAAACCAUCUAGAGGACAGUUUAUCUCUAGGACGUCCCCUGCUCAUUGAAGAUGUUGGGGAAGAAUUGGAUCCUGCCUUGGACAAUGUCCUGGAGAAGAACUUCAUCAAGACUGGGUUCACAUAUAAGGUGAAAGUAGGUGAUAAAGAAGUGGAUGUAAUGAAGGGUUUCCGUCUCUAUGUGACCACCAAGCUGCCCAACCCAGCAUACACUCCUGAGAUCAGCGCAAGGACAUCCAUUAUCGACUUCACUGUUACAAUGAGGGGCCUGGAAGAUCAGCUAUUGGGAAGAGUUAUUCUCACUGAGAAACAGGAACUGGAGAAGGAGCGGACUGACCUGCUGGAGGAUGUCACAGCCAAUAAACGUAAAAUGAAGGAACUGGAGGAUAAUUUACUUUUUAGGCUAACUAGCACGCAGGGCUCCCUGGUGGAUGACGAGAGCCUCAUCACAGUGCUGGGAAACACGAAACGCACUGCAGAGGAGGUCACACAGAAACUCCAGAUUGCUGCAGAGACUGAGAUCCAGAUCAAUGCGGCCCGCGAGGAAUACAGACCCGGUGGGAGCUUAGAGCUCGUCUGUCUUUUAGUGAUUAAAUUGUUUUGUUUUUCAACGAUACAUCGAGAAAUUUGCUUCAUCUCUUCCUCUAGUUUGUUACUUCAGAUCUUAAAUUUAAUCACUGAAAGAUCAGGUAGCCUUGUGGUCAGAGAAGUGGCCCAUUACCUCGAAGGAGGUGCUUCGCUAGACCUGAAGGCCUGUCCACCCAAAGCUGCAAAGUGGAUCCUGGACAUAACAUGGCUCAACCUGGUGGAGCUGAGCAAGCUGUGGCAGUUCUCUGACAUUCUAGAUCAGAUUGUGCGUCAUGAGAAACAGUGGAAGAGCUGGUUUGAUCGAGAAGCACCAGAGGAAGAACCAAUCCCAAAUGCAUAUGACCAGGCUUUGGACUGUUUCAGACGAAUGCUCCUUAUUCGAUCCUGGUGUCCAGAUAGAACCAUUGCUCAGGCACGAAAGUACAUCAUGCACUCAAUGGGGGAGAGAUAUGCUGAGGGAGUGAUUCUGGACCUGGAGAAGACCUGGGAGGAGUCGGACCCUCGCACUCCUCUCAUUUGCUUCCUGUCCAUGGGUUCAGACCCAACAGACUCAAUCAUAGCCCUGGGUAAACGACAGAGAAUUGAAACUCGUUACGUCUCAAUGGGACAAGGGCAGGAAGUUCAUGCACGCAAACUUCUGCAGCACUCCAUGGCUAAUGGAGGCUGGGCUUUACUUCAAAACUGUCAUCUGGGUCUGCAUUUUAUGGACGAACUCAUGGAUACAAUCACAGAGACGGACAGUGUUCAUGACACCUUCAGACUGUGGAUGACCACUGAGGUCCACAGACACUUUCCUAUCACUCUCCUGCAGAUGUCAAUCAAAUUUACAAACGAGCCUCCUCAGGGACUGAAAGCUGGACUUAAGAGGACUUAUGGAGGUAUCAGUCAGGAUCUUCUGGAUGUGAGUAACAUGGUCCAGUGGAGGCCCAUGCUGUACGGUGUAGCAUUCCUCCAUUCCACUGUCCAAGAGAGGCGAAAAUAUGGACCUUUAGGUUGGAACAUUCCAUAUGAGUUCAACCAGGCAGACUUCAAUGCAACAAUACAGUUUGUCCAGAAUCACCUGGAUGAUAUAGAUAUCAAGAAGGGUGUGUCCUGGAACACUGUACGAUACAUGAUCGGCGAGAUCCAGUAUGGCGGUAGGGUGACUGAUGACUAUGACAAGCGUCUCUUGAACACGUUUGCAAAGGUGUGGUUCAAUGAGAACAUGUUCAACCCUGAUUUCAACUUCUACAAAGGCUACAGCAUUCCCAGAUGCAAUAGCGUGGACCAGUAUCUCCAAUAUGUGCAGGGUCUCCCCACAUAUGACACCCCUGAGGUGUUCGGCCUCCACCCAAAUGCAGACAUCACCUACCAAAGCAAACUCGCCAAGGAUGUACUAGACAAUAUCCUGAGCAUCCAACCAAAGGACAGCUCUAGUGGAGGCGGAGAGACCAGGGAGGCGAUUGUGGGUCGGCUAGCAGAUGAUAUGCUGGAGAAACUGCCCCCAGAUUUUGUACCAUCUGAGGUCAGAGAGAGAUUGAUGAGCAUGGGUCCCCUUCAGCCUAUGAACAUUUUCCUGCGGCAGGAGAUUGAUCGCAUGCAGAGAGUGAUUGUUCUGGUCAGAAACACACUGAGUGACCUGAAGCUGGCCAUUGAUGGAACCAUCAUUAUGAGUGAGAACCUGCGGGAUGCACUGGACUGCAUGUAUGAUGCCCGAAUACCUGCACGCUGGAAAAAGGUUACAGAUCGAGCACCUCCACCUGGCGUGGUGGUCACAAGCUCCCGCCCAAAGCCUGUACGUUCUCAUCCACGCUUGUGGCCAAGGCUUACAGAGCAGCGGGGGAAGGCUGCAUCUGCCCUGCACGCCAUGGCCACCCUCCAGGUCUACCAGGCCAAGGUGCUCAAAGAGCUGCACGAGGGCAGUGCUGACCCCGAAGUCUUGCAGAAGGCGCGCACUGCUACCGACCUCGCCCUCCGGGAGACAAAGGUCACUGCGCACUCCUUGGGUCAGGUGAUGUCCACUUUGGUGGUCCAGGAGCGCCACCUAUGGCUGAACCUGGCAGACAUGAGGGAGUCUGAUCGGACUCAGCUCCUCAACUCCUCGGUCUCCCAGGCUGGCCUCUUCGGCGACGCGGUUGAGAGUUUUACCCAGCAAUUCUCUGCCGCCCAGAAGCAGUCUGAGGCCAUAAAACAUAUUCUGCCCUGGCGGCCUGCUGCUGACUCCAUACUGCCGCCGGCUCAGCCACCGCAGCCUGCUCGUCGCCGAGGGCGCCCCCCUGCGGUCUCCUCCACUCCCGCUCAGCCACAGCAGCAGCCUCCACCCCGGCCGCAGCGAGGAGAUAGCCGCAGAAGGGUGGCGCAGCCCGUCUCUGCCUCUAAACCUGCCAAGCGUCCGGCCAAGCGGCCGAUCGACCUGAAGGACGCCUACUUUCAUGUCUCCAUUCUUCCUCGACACAGACCGUUUCUUCGGUUUGCUUUUGAGGGGCAGGCAUAUCAGUACAAAGUUCUCCCAUUUGGGUUGGCCCUGUCUCCCCGCGUCUUUAUGAAGAUCGCGGAGGGAGCUCUGGCUCCUUUCCGGGAGCAAGGUGUCCAUAUCCUCAACUACCUCGAUGACUGGCUGAUUCUAGCUCACUCUCGAGUACAGUUGUGCGAGCACAGGGAUCUGGUGCUCAGACACUUUGCCCGUCUGGGUCUUCGGAUGCCUCUGCCACGGGCUGGGGUGCCAUGUGCAACGGACAUGCUGCGUCAGGCUCCUGGACGGGACCCGACUUCAGUGGCAUGUCAAUUGACUCGAGUUGCUAGCAGUAUGGCUUGCUCUGCACCGCUUCAAGGCCCUGCAGAAGGACAAGCACGUUCUGGUCCGUACGGACAACACUGCGACCAUAGCGAGAUCACUCGUGCUAACAAGGGGUGGGCGUUGGACCGUAUGGUUCUGUGUAAUGAAGUUACAAAAUGGAUGAAGGAUGACAUCACACAGCCUCCUGCAGAGGGGGUGUAUGUUUACGGUCUCUAUCUGGAAGGGGCUGGCUGGGACCGGAGGAACUGCAGGCUCAUUGAUUCCAAACCCAAAGUACUGUUUGAGAUGAUGCCUGUGGUCAGGAUGUACGCAGAGAAUAAUGGUGUCAAAGAUCCUCGCUUGUACUCAUGUCCAAUAUAUAAAAAGCCUGUUCGAACAGACCUGAACUACAUCGCAGCUGUUGACCUGAGAACCAGUCACCCCCCAGAAUACUGGAUCCUGAGAGGAGUGGCCCUCCUGUGUGACGUCAAAUAAUAGUCUUUUAAAAUAAUUGUAUACAAAUGU